AUGGCUAAAUCUCUACGUGCCAAGUCCAUGCUAAAGGCCAAGUCGGUGAAGCGUAAGAAUGUUUUCCAGGUGAAAGCAGACGCCCGUGCCAACAGAAUUUCGGAAAAGAUGAAGGAAGAGCUGAUAAAGCAACAGGUGGAAGAAAUCAAGCGCAAGAACUCGGACCUGAAAACGGACGAGGCCGCCAGACAGGCGCUGGAAGUGGAACGUAUGGAGCAGGACGACAAGAAGGUCAGCACCUCGGGCUGGAGAGACGCCAGACAUCACAACUACAAGCGCAACAAGAAGCUCAACAACAACCGCAAGAAGGGCUCAUUCACCAAGUUUUAG